CAGCAUGAUUUAAUUUCGGUUCAUCUCAGGGGUAACUGUGGUUUCGUUCGGACGUAUCUCAAAUAGUAUUAUUUAAUACUACUAAUGCUGGUAUCUGAGAUGUCUUUAAAUGUAGAAACAGUGGCGGCAGAGCUCGAGCUGGCCGAGCUGCUCUCACUUUCACUUCCUCCGCUGGUACUUUGACAGGCACACUUCCUCGUUAGUUUUCCGGAGGUUAGCCGUGUGUUGGCCGCUGUGACAGUCAUGAAGGACGGCGUCAGAGCAGAGGAGCGGGUGGACGUUUCCCGCCAGGACGUCUAUGAGGAUUACGUGAAGUACCUGCAGCGGUGUACCGACGUCCGGCCAUGUCGCGAGGACGGACUGCUGGAGAAGGCGGCUCGGUAUCUGCAGAGGGAACCGGAGCCCGGAGCGACGUUCACGGUCUUCCCCUUCUACCGGGCUCUGUGUGAGGGCUGUGAAGCCCUGAACGCGGACUGCAGGAAACUUGUGUCUGCUUUAGAGAAAGCUGCCGAGCUGCUGGAAACCCUCUGCGUCAGUCUGUACCUCCAACCAUGGAAGAAGGAAAUCAAGACUAUCAAGACGUUCACAGGUCCAUUUGUUUACUGUCUCCUGCCGGUUUUCAGCAGUUCUACUAUUCAGUCAGUGCUGGGCUCUAUUGGCUACCUGCUCCAUACUGACAGUGAGUACAGACUCAGUGAGGAUGCUAACCCAGACAGAGCCAUGCUGGUGGGCUUCGAGCUGCUGCUGGCCACAGUGCAGUGUCGCCACUUCCUGGAGCUCCUCGACAAGGAUCAGCUGGGACCACAGGAGUGGCUUGAGGUUCUCCAGAGGAGAAUGGAGCCAUCAAAACAGGAGGAGCCCACAGAGAAGAAGAUGACUGUAGUCCAAAAGGAAGAAGAGAAGAAAAAGGGAAAGGCAGAUGGAACAGAGGUGGCUCCAUAUUUGGACACCAGGCUUCCGGUGAAACCCCAGGCCAAGCCUAGACGCUGCCACCUCAUCAGCGUGGACCAUUCCAUCAUGGAGAUGCAGAUGAACUACCCUGACCUGGCCUUCAGAGGUCGCCCCCUGCUGUCGGACAAAGCUCACAGAGCAAACACCAGGAGUGGCAGUAAAUCUGUUCACACUGCAGGCACUAAUAGUUACAGUGAUGACAGUAAAGCUGCCGACCCCCCAAGAAGAGGCUCUGUUAAACACACUAAAGUUGCUGCUUUGGCCGGCAGUAGGAGUGACAGCAGCAGAGCUGCUGAAGUGUUUGGUGAUGACGGUAGAAGCAGUGGUUGUAAUGACAGAAACGGUGGUCGGAGCACCGCCCCAGCUGAUGCCAUGAGCAGCAGCUGCAGUAACACUGAGGGAGUCGACGAUGAGCUCACUCCACCUCAGGCCGUUUCACUGCACCUCACACUGAGAGCUGGAGCCACAGCAGAGCAGAGGCCUCAGCCCACAGUGGAGCCUCCUGCCUGGACACAACAGCAGACUGCAGCAGAGCUACAAACAAAGAAACCGACCAGCCCGGGGCCUCCCUCACUGAGCUCCACGGACGAGGAGCAGGAGCUCAGAGAGCUGGCAGAGCGAAUGGGCCAGCUCCAUGUGCAGGAGACCAAAGCAGAAAACAAGAGAGGAGAGGAGAGCACGAUUAAAGAGAGGAGGAAGAAAGAGAGAAAGGUGAGCACGCAGGGAGAGGCGGAGGAGCAGAACCUUAGGAGACCAGUGAUGGAGACGGGUCCAGCACUGAGCUGUGCUGCCAGCAGAUGCACCAGAUCCUCUCAGUGUGAUCCCACAGUGAUGAAAGAGCCAAAGCCUGUGUGUCACCCUCCACCGCAGACUGAAGGUGGAGGCGCUGUGCAGCAGGAAGGAGAAAGAGCUGAAAAAGGCAGAGCAGAGGAGGAACAGCUGGCACAAAGUUUUGUUAUAGUUGAGUGUCACAAGAAGUAAUGUUCUCUCACAGCUCAUUCAUGUGUGAUCAGUUUAAAUCAAGGGUUUUUAAGGUCUGACACUGUGGGCCUUUGUUCAGUCUGGAAAGGUUUACCAGCUUAGUUUCUCUCAGUUACAGUUCAUAGUUUUCUAUGGGACCAUGAUUGUUACUUGAUCCCACAGACACUUAGCCAAGAUAGCCUAAUAUUGCUUUUUUUUUUUUAACACAGACUUCAAUAAAUACAUAAACUCUCUGACUCUCCGACUGGAUCUUCAACCAAAUCACACAUAUUCAGGCUAUUAUUGUUUGGAGUCCGGCUCCCACAUUGAAAAAAAUGGUUUAAAUUGAGAUUUAAAGGCCCAGUGUGUAAGAUUUGAGGCUUCUAUUUUCAGAAUAAGGCUGUCAUGGAACAUAAUAUUUAUUCAUUCACUAUGUUCUCAUGCAUAUAAAACCACCAGAAAAUAAGAUUCUUUUUUGUUGUUACUUAAAUCAGAAUCCGAAGUGAUCCUAAAAAUGAUAUAUAUAUUUACAGUGGGAGCUGGUCCUCUUUCAUUGAGGCCACCAUGUUGAAACACUGUUCUACAGUAGCCCAGAACAGACAAACUAAAUACUGACUGCAGACAGGACAAGUGUUGUUUCUCCGUUACACUAGGAGGGUGAGGAUGAUGUGGGGAGAUUGCAAUGCAGCAAUUACACCACUAGAUGCAACUUUAACAAGAUACAAGUGGAGAAUUAAAGGUCCAGUGGGUCAGAUUUACAGAAUAUAAUAUCUAAACACCAUUGUUUUGUUUUUUGUUUUUUGACAUUAGAAUGAGUCUUUUGUAUCUACAGAUUUCCACCAUGUUGAACCACCAUGUUUCUAUCAUAGCACAAAACAGACAAACCAUACACCGGCUCUAGCUGGGGACUUUUGGAGGAUGGGGGUGUUUUCCGCUGUUUCACAGCCACCAUAGUUUCUCCUUCAUGAUAGGAAGGAGAGGUGAAGGGUUUCAGUUAAAACCACACUGCUAGAUGUGACUAAUUCUUACACACUGGACCUUUUUAAAAAAAUAUAUUUUGUGCACUCUGUUUGAAAUCUUCUCUGCCUGCUCUCUGCUAUUUCAAUAAGGCUGUAGGCCUGUAGGUAAUGUAGGCCUGUUUACUUCAGGACACGUUGAGUGUUGUCUGUUUUAUUAAAACCCAAGUCAGUUAAUGUGCGUGUCAAAGCAGGUUCCAGCUGUGAUAUAAUUCACCCUUUGUUCAUAUUUGAAUCUGACUUUUAAAUUCUUUGAAAUGAUAAAUGAAGGUGAACAGAUCAGAUUUCUGCUUCCUCUAAAACCUUCUUGUGCUGUUUGAAUUUGUAUGAAGGGAUAAACAUACUACUCUAACUCAGAGCCAGAGCUCUGAAAGUAGCACACUUCCUCAAAUUCAGUGAAGAUUUCUCUCAUCCUUGACACACUGACCUUUCACGUCCCUCACAUGCUCUUAUUUGUUCAGCUUCCUGGAGUAUGUUCCACCCAGAGUCUGUUUGUGGAGUGUCAAACUCUCUUCCCCCCUCACCAGCUGCUGUAAGCCUACAGGAACUCUUUGUAGACUGUGAAAAUAUUGUACUUCUGUCCUUCCAUGAAAAACAGCAGCUCUGGCUGGUUAUAGAGGAGAACGUACAGAGCUGGAUAAACGGCAGAGAGGUGGAUUAUUACCUCUGGAGUAAUUCAGAUCAUUCCUGUUUUUUAUGUAGGACACACUCCACAGCGACAGGUUGAGCCUAAAUGGAGUAGACUCUGGGUAGAGUUCUCCAUACAACACUUUCAGCAGCAGUGUUUCUAUUAUAUACUGUUCAAACAAACAAAUGUUCUUUAUUUAGAUACAUUUGUAGUUUGGAGUCAGUGUGUAUACCUUCUUCUCUCUAUUGAUGCUGAUGCUCAUGGCCCAAAGCACCAGAGCUCUCAUCAGAGAUCAUCACCACAGGUGUUUUAGGUUUGAGCGGUUUGUUCGUGGUCUUUGGGAACAAUAUAUGUGACCAGAUAAUCGAAGCUCAAUGGACCAUUUAUCAUCUUAGGGCUAAAUCUCACAGGGACUGUACAUCACGAGACUCAACGUAUCAGCACAUACCACAACAAUUGUUAUUAUUCAGUUUGCCACUCCUGGUGACUGAACAUGAAAAUAUGCUAAAACUCCACACCUUCAUUCCAUUACUGUCUUUUAAGAACUCAUUACAGCUGAAAGUUUCUGAACAUGCACCUGCCUCUCACAGUACACACCUGUCUGUUCUUGUAUUAACUGUAUAUACUGUGAUGUUUUCAUAUUGUCUAAUACUGUUUUUUUGCAUUUGCUGUAUCACCGUCGUUGAAAAAUGAGAAUUGUUUCUGAGCUGACUCAUCUGGUUAAAUAAAGAUACAAUUGAAAGACUAAAAAUAACAUUUGUAAUAAAAAUGUUUAAACCAU